AUGACCAUCCCCAUCGUCUCCACCCACGUCGCCAACAUCGAUAUCCCCCGCCCCAAGGAUGUCGGCGUCCUCGCAAUGGAGGUCUACUUCCCCCGCAGAUGCAUCUCCGAAGCCGAACUAGAGGAAUUCGACGGUGUCUCCAAGGGCAAGUACACCAUUGGUCUUGGCCAGGAAUACAUGGCUUGGCCAGAUGACCGCGAGGACAUCAACUCUUUUGCGUUGAAUGCUGUCGCUGGUCUCCUCGAGAAGUACAACAUUGACCCCAAGUCCAUCGGUCGUAUUGACGUUGGGACUGAGACCAUCAUCGACAAGUCCAAGUCGGUGAAGACCCACCUCAUGGACCUUUUCGCUGAGGCAGGCAACUUCGACAUUGAGGGUAUCGACUCCAAGAACGCCUGCUACGGUUCGACCGCAGCCCUGUUCAACGCCAUCAACUGGAUUGAAUCGACAUCCUGGGAUGGAAGGAAUGCCAUCGUUGUUGCCGGUGAUAUCGCUGUCUACGCAGAGGGCGCUGCUCGCCCUGCUGGCGGCGCGGGUGCCUGUGCCAUUCUCCUUGGCCCUAACGCGCCAAUUGUUUUUGAACCCAUCCACGGCACUCACAUGUCCAACACAUAUGACUUCUACAAACCCAAUCUCUCGUCCGAAUACCCGGAGGUUGAUGGCCCCGUCUCCGUCGUCACCUACAUCGCGGCUCUUGACGAGGCCUACUCCCGAUUCCGCGAGAAGACCGCGCGUCAGCUUAAACUCGCUCAGAUCAACGGUUAUUCCAAUGGUCACGUGCAUAACGGUGACAAGCCUGCUGAUCCCAAGGCAGCUUUCUCGCUCCAGGAUGUCGACUACGCCCUCUUCCACAGCCCGUAUGGAAAGCAAGCCGUCAAGGGCCAUGCUCGCAUGCUCUUCAACGACUUCCGCUCAGCACCUAAUGCACCCCAGUUCGCCGACAUCCCCAACCCCGAAGCUUUCCUCGCUGCCUCGCAAAAGGAGUCCCUUUCUGACAAGAACGUCGAGAAGACCUUCAUCGCUGCAUCGAAGAAGUCGUUCGCCCAGAAGACCGACCCCGGUAUGGCCUGCUCGAAGCGUCUCGGUAACAUGUACACAGGGUCGCUCUACGGCUGCCUUGCUUCCCUCGUUGCCAACGUCGAGCCCGCUCAACUUCGGGACAGCCGUGUCAGCAUGUUCGCCUUCGGUAGUGGUUGCGCUGCCAGCUUCUUCACCUUCCGCGUAAAGGGUGACACAUCAGAGAUCAAGGAGAAGAUGGACUUGAUGAACCGACUUGCUGCCAUGAAGGUUGUACCAUGCCAGGAAUUCGUUGACGCUCUUGCUCUUCGCGAGAAGAACCACAACGCCGUCUCGUACACGCCUGAGGGAUCCAUCGACAACAUUUGGCCAGGUGCCUUCUACCUCGACAGCGUUGACUCAAAAUACCGAAGGAAAUACGUCAAGGCUCCUUUGGCUUAA